UUAUCGUGACACAUUCUAUAGAAGAAUCACUCAAAUUAUUUUGGAACAAAUGUAUAAUACGUCAAUCGGAUCAUGUCGGCAUCGAAGAAGGCAUCUAGAAGAAUUAUUGACAAUUCUGGCAAUUUUAAAGGCUUUUUCAUCGUAAACUUUCUUUAGAAAUUCUAUUUAGUUUUCGGGUAGAAAAAUCGAUUUUUCAGCAGUAAAACUCUGAAGAACAAUGAGUAAUUCUUUUAAAGGAGCCUUACCGAAAGAUAAAAACAACGCACGUUCUCCGGCAGUAAAUUUAUCGCGACGAGCCAGCCUCGAUGAUUCAAGAACUGCGCCUGGAACUGCCGACAUUUCAGAUGAAGGACGUAGUAGUACAAGCAGCAUGUUAGGAGACGAAACCAGUGCUAUGAGAAGAGAUGUGGAUGAAGUCAGGACAGCAAUGUUUACCGACGAUGUCAGUUCUGGUUAUGAAUUGGCUCCAAAACCUAAAAUGCCAUGCAUUCCUAUGUUUACAGAGAACGCAUCUAUAAGAACUGUUCGUUCGCUACUCCUCGAUGAUCAUAAUGGGGCUGAAAUUGUGUACAAGGGUCGAGAAAUUGAGGAUAGCUCAAUUUCAGUGCUUUUCGUCGGAUCUAGUAGUCGCAUAGAUUUGCACAGUUGUAAACCGGUGAAUUGAGUAUUGAUUGCUUGGAGGCGUAGUGCAUUCUAUAUGGGACAAGUAAGAGAAAAUAAAAUAUGGUCGGUCCUCGCUAGGUGGCAAAGCGGAUUCAAAGGCACACAAUAUUUUGUCGACAUCCAAAAUUGCAAGUGCAGCAGAUAAAUUUUUCAAUUGAAAAUGAACAGAGGAUAAUGACUGCAAAAUCCUAAAAAGCAAAAGUAAUUAUUUUAUUUACUCGAGAUAUUAGUUGUAUCUGCCAAAUAAAGACAAAAUCCGA